UGUAGCCGCAUAUGCCAGGGUGACCAUCAGGGAACUAGAAGUGGCUUCAAUUGCCCGCGUAGUGGAGCUGGUCUCAGAGAGAGCCACAAGAAUGAGUGAUGAGUACAUUAAAUCUGCUAUUGAUUGUGGAGAAUUGAGUAAGAGGGUCCCAUAUAGUGAUAUCCUCAUAUCAUCAUGGUGGAAAUUAGGGUUCUCUAACGCGAACUACCCUUGGGGAAGACCCAAGUACAAUUGUCCUGUGGUCCACCACAGGAAGAACAUUAUAGUGUUCUUCCCAGACAUUGAGGGGCCUACCAGUGGUGAUGGGGUGAACAUUUUAGUGGAUUUUCCAUUGAAGGAAAUGGAGAAGUUCCAAGCCCUCUUCAAUAAAUCCCCUGUUGCAUAA